AUGGUUAAAGAAACAAAAUCUGAAUACAACUUCUGUGUCAAAGAAAAAGUAUGUGAAAAUUGUUCAUCAACAUUGUCAGAGAGUACAACAGAAUGUACUAAUACCUUGGUGUUAACACUAUCCCUUGAGAAUAAUGCCACUAUUACUGAAACAGCUUCUAUACUGGAAGAAUUUCGAAAGGAAUUCAAUAUCCCCUGCAACCAUGCGAGAGUUGUUUUGCCAUACGAUGAGAGAAUGAAAACAUUUAAUAUUGACAAUGCAAGAAAACAUCACAAAUUUUUGUACUUGCUACAAGAACACAAGAAAGAUAUGGAACAGCUUAUGCAGCAGCUCACAAAUAUGGAAAAAGAACUUACCGAUGGAGAUAACCCAACAGAAGUAGAAAGUGAUGAGGAAAUUGGUGAUGAAGGUGAAAAUGAAACUUUGCAAGACUAUUCGUUUCAGAAGAUUGAUGGAAAAUUCAAGAAAAUUUAUGAGAAACUCGCUCAAAAAAUGUGGAACGCUAGUCUUUCAGGCGGUGGUUACUGUUGA